AGGCCGAAGCUUGUACCACAUUCUAUUUUUGUAGGUUUGGUAAGUCUGGCAAUGAGUAGGGAGAUCUUGAGUUCCCGAGGGUUGCUAAGCAACAGGGAGGUGUUGGAUCUCAUGGCUGCAGCAAAGAUUACUCUCGUGCUUCGCGGCGCAGCAGCAGGAGCGAUGCUAGUAAGACUGGUAUCAUCACAACUGUUGAAACACGACUCUCUCCGUCGAAUCGUCUUCAAGGGAUCACAAGCUCGAUCAAUCGACAGCGAGGUACCUCAUGCGCUAUCCCGGAGUACGAACCUGAAUAUGUUGCGAGAGCAACGAACACACGAAGCUCAACCUCGAGAAGCUCCAAGCUUUGGAUGACAGCAACAGGUACUUCGAUCAAUCGGCAGUAACAGUGAUCACAAAGUACCUCCAGUUCUUAAGCAGGGGGUGAUUCGAGAGGGAAAAAAGGAGCAGCGCAAGAUCACGCCGAAGGUCAGUGAUGCUGCUUGUCUUCAAGGCCUCGAAUGUGGACAUGAAUUCGUAUGAACAGAAUGGAGCUGGUUAAUUACAGCUAAGCUGGAUUACUCAAUAAGCGAAAUGGAUGGGACGGUGAUGUAUACGGAAGCCUAUUGGAACAGGCCGCGGCUGCUGCUCAGCAUUCACAAGAAUUUCGAUCGAGAGGGCAACUCGAGAUGGAUCAUUUUACUUCGAUCACGGCAAGCUCCAUUCCAGAGGACGUAAGGACUGGAGGAAUACAUUCUUGUGGUUUUCUUCCCUUGAUCGCAAGGGCGUGGGCAAUAUCGGAGAGAUUUUUUUUUCUCUGGAGGAUUGAAGGGGAUGGGAAACUGCUGCGGUAUCCAUGCCAACCUGGUGAUGAAUGGAGGGCUGUGGGAGCUAAAGAGCAGAAUAUAGUCUUGGCAUCCUCCACGGAGGUGAUUCUACUUUCACUUGAGCUUGUAAAAGUGUCAUCAAUACCCACAGGAAAUGUUCUGGUUACCUGUAUUGAAGCAUCCAGGCAGGAGAUUUUUCUGGGUGGUCUUGAUGGUCAUGUUUACAAGCUGACGGAAGCUUACUUCCAGAGACUUACUGGUGGAUUCUUCUCCUUCGUCAGAGCUCAUUGCAGGCGAAGGACGCUGGUUUUGCAGCUAUGUUAUGACGAAGAGAGGCACCUGUUAUACUCGCGGUCGGAGAAGAAGAUUACAGCGAUUGACCUUCAUAGCUGCCGGGAAGUUGGCGAGGUGGUUGUCACAGAUGCCAUCUCCAUCACUCCGCUCUCGCGUGUAGCAGCAUCCUCGGAUAAAGUUUUGGUGGCAGUUUUGUGCAACGGGAACCAAGUCUACGUGAGCAGCGAUUUCAGGAUUGUGGAGACGGUUGCUUGGCGAUCAGAUGGCUUUAUAUGCACAGGAUAUCCACAGAUUAUUGCGAAGGAUGGUUACUACUCAGCUGGAGCGCUGUUCCUAGCGUCUACUUCUCGUCUCGUAGUACGGUAUCAGGGGGCAAGCUUUCAGGUCGACGAGGAAGUGCUUGCUUUUGCGGACAUCCUGCCUCCUGUAGAUGAACUCCGUAUGGCAUCGGCGAGUUUUCUAAAGGACUUGGACUUAGGACAAGUUGCUGCGGCACGAGCUCUGUGGUCGCUUCCAGAAGUUCACACGCAACAUCUUCUUUCAGCAAGGAGAGCAGUCCUACUUACUUCUCAGGCAGCAAUCGUAAUCGUCAUAAAGAGGCCCGUGGAUUUGCUUCAAGAGAUUUUAGCGUCAUCGAAGCCUGCGUUAUGGAAUGUUCGACAGUUCUUCGACUUCUUUGGCCGCAUAGAAACGUCUUCAAUGUAUUUUAUGCUUGCUGCUGGCUUUGAGCACCAAGAGUCGAGAAGAGCUUCUGAGCUGCUGCUGCUUUCAGAUUCGUCUUUGCUUCGUGCGCGGCAUGCUGCAUGGCAGGGAGCACUACUACGAGUAUCAAGGCUUGUGUUUUCCGUAUGGCGCUUCAACACAGGAUCCAUCCCCGAUGCCUUACUGGCUGCAAUGCUCGAGCUGGAAAGCUUUAUUACAACACUGGAUUCUCUUGCUAUUGAUAAGACUUUCGUCACGCUGGUGAGAAAAGUUGUCAUGGUUGGCAGAUAUUUAAGCGUCGCACGCCUCAUAAAAGUCGACACCAACGAAUCCUUUGCUACCUUCGUAUGCCAUGAAAGUGUUUUUUUUGCGGCAGCCGUAAAGUUCAUGGAGGAAAAUGGCAAUGAUAGAGAUGUGCAAGAUCUUCGAAUGUCGCUUAAUCAACCGGCUUUUCUAUUCUAUCAAAAACUUAGAACCGCAUUGGAAAGUGGAGUUGGAGAACAAUCAGAAGAGAGAGCUACACUUGAGAAUUUGAUGGAACGUAUGCUUUCAACGUGGGACUUUCCAAUUGAUGGAACGAAUGGCAUUGAUCUCGUGUCUCUAUCCUCUGGCCAGUAUGGAAUGGUGUUCUAUCAGACAACAACCGAUAGAGUUCUUAAAGUGAUCAAGAAGACUGUGAGCUGUUCCCAGGAACAAGCAGAGAUGGAGGUCGAAUUUCUCCAGGAAUCGCGUAAGCUUUGUGAAGGCAUUGACAUAUCAGUUCCACGAUGCUUCGGAUUACUUGAAGAUGGUCCACUUAACAUGGGAGGUCCGUGCAUCCUACAGGAAAGAGUCACGAUGGAUGAUAACUUGGAAGAACGUUUGAGAAGCUUAUACUUUCCAGGAGAAUGGGACGGCAGGCCAAAAGUGCCGUGGGAUCUGCGGUUGAGAUGGCUGGAGGAGCUGGAUAGUAAAACGUUUUUUGAAAGACCGGAGCUUUUGGUGAAGAACAACCAGGUUUUUGGUCUCGAGCAGGAGCUGGACCUUUCUAAAGUCGUCACCGACGAAGCUCGCCUUCUUGCCAGGAUGCACUUCAAGGGCGGCUUCAAUGGAGCUGACAUCGAAUUCGUUGUGGGAGGCCACGCUCAGGUGUUUUGCAUCGACAUGGGGAUGGUCCAGUACGUUGGAGGCCCUGGUGACAACGAUGGUGACGACGAGGAUUUCAAUGCAGAUGAGUUCCUUUCGAGUUUUGUGAGCAAAUUCAUCCCAGAUACUGAGAGCUCUCUAUGGCCGUUUUUCAGAGAAGGCUACAUCUCAGAGGCAGCAGCACUCGGUUAUGAUCGAUUCGGCAGAGCAGUCAUAGAUAGAGUUGAAGAAUAGAAGGCUUGGGGAAGUAGUUUUGUUUCUAAUGGAAGGAACGCUGCUGAGCAUAGCAAACCAAUCACAGUUCUUUACUCCGAAUCCAAGAGAUCCCAGAGAUCCCAGCUGUUCCACUCUGGGGUGACGGGAUAAUGUUUGAGAUUAA